AUGGAACAGCUAAUGUGUGGAAUGGGUGAAUAUGGUACAGCUAUGUGUGGCGCGGGUGAAUACGGUACAGCUAAGUGUGGAAUGGGUAAAUAUGGUACAGCUAAGUGUGGAAUGGGUAAUUAUGGUACAGCUAAGUGUGGAAUGGGUAAAUAUGGCACAGUUAAGUGUGGAAUGGGUAAAUAUGGUACAGCUAAGUGUGGAAUGGGUAAAUAUGGUACAGCUAAGUGUGGAAUGGGUAAAUAUGGUACAGCUAAGUGUGGAAUGGGUAAAUAUGGCACAGUUAAGUGUGGAAUGGGUGAAUAUGGCACAGCUAAGUGUGGAAUGGGUAAAUAUGGUACAGCUAAGUGUGGAAUGGGUAAUUAUGGUACAGCUAAGUGUGGAAUGUGUAAAUAUGGCACAGUUAAGUGUGGAAUGGGUAAAUAUGGUACAGCUAAGUGUGGAAUGGGUAAAUAUGGUACAGCUAAGUGUGGAAUGGGUAAAUAUGGUACAGCUAAGUGUGGAAUGGGUAAAUAUGGUACAGCUAAGUGUGGAAUGGGUAAAUAUGGUACAGCUAAGUGUGGAAUGGGUAAAUAUGGUACAGCUAAGUGUGGAAUGGGUAAAUAUGGUACAGCUAAGUGUGGAAUGGGUAAAUAUGGUACAGCUAAGUGUGGAAUGGGUAAAUAUGGUACAGCUAAGUGUGGAAUGGGUAAAUAUGGCACAGUUAAGUGUGGGAGGGGGGAAUGUGGAACAGCUACUGUAAAUGUAGAACGGAAAUGUAAUCAGACUUAA